AUGGCAUUCGUGUCUCUCCCUCCCGAGAUCCAUGCUCGAAUUAUCUUCUACGUCCCCUCAAUCCUCGAUCUAGCCGCCCUGUCGCAGUCAUGCCGUGCACUACACUCCCUGUGCGACAUGAAAACGCGCGAGCGGUUUUACCGGAUGCGUGUCUAUCCUAAUGACACCAGCAUUAACGAGACGUUUGGUUUGCUGAUGGGGAUCCUCAAACAGCGUAGACUGGGCUAUUACGUGCGCGAAAUUGAGCAAUACUGGAGGCCCAGCAGCGAGCUUCCCUAUAUAGAGAAAGAAGAGCAGCGCGACCUUAGCACGAACGAAAAGAAUCUCAUUCGCGUGGCUGUGCAGAGGGCGGGCUUUGUCGGUCCCCAGGAAAGCGCCAUCAUCAAUAUGCUCAUGCAAAACACCACGCAGGGUGCACAUAGCAUCAAGAGCUAUUCUCGAUCUGGAAUUGGCCCCGGUCGGAUUCUGGGAACCUUCAUCGCACAAGCAUUGGCCGCGAUUAUUAUCUCGGUAUCGCCUAGUCUGGAGGCUUUGGCGAUAGCGCAGCCCUUCGAAUCGCAUUACCGAUUCUACUUAGACGCCGAGAAAUGGCCUCGAGAUUCGUAUGUCGACCAUCCCCUCGAUCGGCUUCUGCGUCGGGCCAAUGCAGACCCGGCCAACACCCCAUUUCUCCAAAAUCUUCGCAAAGUGUAUAUGAUAGUUGACGAAGUAAGGCCAGUUGAUGACAGGCGCUUCUACACCUACGUCGACUUCACUGAUUGCAUGACACUCUUCGACCACCUCCCGUCCAUUGAAUCGAUAGGCUCGGAUGCCCUCGGAGAAGACGAGAAUGACAACUCGCGCCUAGUGUCGGGAUCAUCCAAUAUUAGCAAAAUCUAUCUCAACCACUGCGCCCUUGGAACACCCUACCUUGCCUACGUCAUCCAAUCCAGCAAGGCCUUACGAGAAUUCCAGUAUACCAUCGGCGGCCGAGGGGUCUUGGGUGGAUCGUCCUCCUUGUUCAAUGUCAAAACCUUCAUCAAAUCAAUAUGCCCACACAAAGACACGCUAGAAGUCCUUGAUAUCGAUGCCGAGUCACAUAUUUUCUACUUAGGCGCCUUUCAUGAGGAAGAGGGUCUUGUCGACCAGGUAAUUGACGAAAUAACGGACUUCUACAGGGACGAAGAGGAUGAGAAGCAAGAGUUCCUCCGGUCCUUCUGGGGAAACAGCGGCUCUCUGAAAGAUUUUCGCGCUUUGAAGCGAUUGAGCCUAGGAAUCGGGUUUUUGCUGUAUUUUGCGAAGGGGGUCGGCGAGACGGACGAGAAAAGGGAACCGGUCAUGCUACCGGAUGGUCUACCUAAGAGUCUGGAGUACCUUUGUAUUCGGGGAUACGAGAGGGGAGAGUGUGAGAAGUGGGAUGCGCAUAUCGAUGCCUUAGUGGCAUUCUACAAGUCCGGUUUGUCGAAGCUUAAGGAGAUCAGGGGGAUUUAGACAACGAUCCCCAAUGCCCGAGAUGUGAAACGACCUGAUGAUAACGAGGAUUCAUUGUGGACUCUGAAACAUGCCGGAUAUGCGCUUUGAAGAAGGCUCAGCCGAGCGGAGACGGGCAACGAGGCGAGAGAAUUCAUAGUAAGAGUAUUUCCACUCAGUUACUGAAGAACGAGUGAAGGGGUUACAACAGCUGACGGCGAUGUUUCGAUGCGUUCAUUUCUGCAAAAUUAUUGCCCGUUGUCGCCGUCCAUUUUGGCCGCCGAAGUUCAUUCUUGCUGACGCCUGGCUACAUUGCCUUAUUACUCGUCUACUUCUCCAUGCUUUCUUCUAAUUGGUGCUCUGCCGCUUCAUCUUCCUUCGUCCUUAAAUAUUG